GACAUGCAUGGCAUUCUAAUAAAGAGCUAGAGCAAAACUUUACAUUCGCUGUUUAUUUGUUAAACAUGUUAGCUAACAAAAGUACGUUCAAUUUUUUGUGUUAAUGCUUUUUUAUUAUUUUACAAGUAACAGAGAUUGAAUAGCACGCUAAUUCACAAACUAUCCGGUUUACGUUAAAUGUUUUUUUUGUUAUUAUACAAGUAACAGAGAUUGAAUAGUACGAUUUUCUCACUAUCCGGCCGAUGCACCCCUAAUCUUAUUUUUACAGUAUUUCACAGUAGAGCCUUUCAUUAUUAUUUAAUAGUUUUAAUUUAUUCUUCUCAACGUGCAUCAUGUUAGUUGAUGUUUUAAGUGUUUGUGUUAUUGUUUAGGCAAGUAUGUAAAUCGUCUCCGUGGUGCUGACAAGAACAUCGAGACAUUUCCUUGUCCUACAUGUCGCUCAGAGUUUUCGCUCAAGUCAAACCAAGAUGUUGCCGAUUUGGCAAGUAAUUAUUUCAUCAAGAAUAUGCUAGAAAUCAUGGCAAUUGAACGGAAAGCGAAAGAGUCUACUACGUGUUCACGCUGCCAAGAAUCUGCCAUCAAUCACUGCACAACAUGCAGAAUAUUUAUGUGUCAGAAAUGUUCAGAGUCCCAUGAUAGCUGGCUAGCGAUGAAACUAAGCCAUAAUGUGCUAUCUGUCGAGGAAUUGAGCGAUCCUGAAAGUCAAGUGAAAAUGAGAAGCAAACUUUAUUGCAUGAAACACGAAGACAAAGUACUCGAAUAUUAUUGUGAAACCUGUAAGGAACUUAGCUGUAUACAUUGUAUGGUGUUAAAUCACAUAAAACAAAACCAUUCAUGUGUGGCAGUGAGUGAGGUCGCACAGAAGCAAAGAGAGACAUUGCAAUUAAGCUGCACAACACUUGACGAGAAAUUGUAUGAAGGAAAGGAAGCGCUAAACAACAUUUGUGAGGUGAUGAAGUCUCUUGAAAAGAACGCCAAAACUGCUAAAGAACAAAUCGAAGAACAAAAGGAAAAUAUCUUGACCGUUGUGGCAGAAAAAGUCAAUGAAAAAGCUGCGAAAAUGAAAGAGGAAGUGGGCAAGGUUUAUGGUGAAUUGCACAGCGAACUGAGCAAGCAACAUGAUGAAAUCAAAGAUUAUCUUGAUAAAGUCCAGACUUCAGUAUCCUUGCCAAGAAGUCUGCUAAAGAGAGGAAGUAUAGAAGAAAUUCUCUCAUCACAAAAAUUGAUUGAUGAAAAUAUUGAGAAGUUGGGAGAUGAGAAGCCAGAGAAUUUGGCCGCGGUGAAUGAUGGUGAUAUUCAGUAUGUACCUGACGACAUUGAUAAUAUCAAUGUUGACGAAAUUGUUGGUAAAUUGGGUCAUUUAGAAGGUAUAUAG